AUGUCCGGCGACCGUCCUCUGCUUCCUCCGUUGGAACCCGGUACAUUUAGGGGCGCCGACGGUACCAUCCGUCGCUUUCUCGUCAACCCCACCGGCUCCUCUUCCUCCUCCGAUGACCGAUCGACGGACAGCGCCUCCGAGAGGUGGUACUCGGUAAUCCGCCAAUUCCACCCCGACUUCUCCAGCUUCAAUCAGCACUUGUCUACCAAUACCCAAAGUACGGACUCGGCCGUCGUUAGAAUGGCCUCCAGCCCAGACGGAGACUUGCGACCGAGAUUCAACCGAGAUCCGCAACCCUCAAACGCCCCGCCUCCCCCAGCUGCCGCCUCGCCCGCUUCCCCUUCGCUCCCGCCGCUCCGGUUUCUCGAUCCGAGAGCGCGGGCCUCUCCUACCACGUUUACCGGAUCGGGGUCCCGCUCCAGCCGCUACCGCCCCGCUGGCCGGUACUUAGAUAGGGUUCGCUCGCACCUGGGCACCACCCUUGAUGACCUGAACCGAAACAUCCACGACACUGACGCACUACGAGCGUUGGUGGACUUCGCCAAUAAUCCUGUCAUGCCGCGUUCAUCCGCCGCCGUUUCGGACACACCGAACGACGUGGAUAUGGCCGAUGCGAAUCGCCGCAUCAAACGCCGAAAGCUGGAUACGGAGAGGUCCACCCCGACUUACAAGGGCUUCCGUUAUGGCAGAUACGGCCAGAUUGAGCCCGGUCAGCUCAGCAUGGAAAUCGUGAGCUGUGACGGGGGGCUUUACUCGGACGAGCACUCGUACCCACCCGAAAACAUCCUCAAAAACGACUCAUCUGUCUACUGCACCAAGAGCAAUCGCUGCAACAUUGUCUUGAAGCAUCAGGGCGGGACUGUGUUCAGCUUACAGGAACUUGUCAUCAAAGCCCCCGGGUCGAAGUUCUCAUGCCCUAUCCGAGAAGGCAUGGUAUUUGUGUCAAUGGAGUUGGACGACCUGCUCAACCGUACCGCACAAUAUCAAAUCCAGUAUCUCCCUGCCCGCAGUCACCGACGUGGGACCGUCUACUUCCGCCACGAGGAGGACGGCCUUCCCCGGAUACAGCGUCGGUCGUUGCGGGCGUACAGCUAUGGCGCGGAUGACGACGACGAAGACGGCGGCGGCGACGGCAGGACAGCACAGAUUCCGCCAGAGUUCACCGCGUCUCCGGCCCCUUUUAACGUUACCACCGUAUGUAGCGACGACGAAAGCGACGGCGAGGAUCACUCUUCAAACCUGCCUGCCUAUCGCCAGGCAACUCGCCAGCCGGCGCGCACCUUGCCCUUUGAAAGCGACAGCGACGACGAGGAAAGCAUCCAAAUCUUUCCCAACAACCGGCUCACGUCUUGGCCCCCCGUUGACGAGGACGAAAUCGACCACAGCAGCAAUGCCGCCGCCGUCCUUCGGCGGCGGUACCGCGCCUCCCGCUUCCACGGCGGUGCGUCUUCCAACAGCAACCAAACGAGCAACAACCGAAGCGGCAGCGGAAGCGCCAGCGCCAGCGCUAACACUGAUGCUGGUGGGAACGGCAUGACGCUCGAAGAGGCACAGGAGGCGUCGCAGAUCGCGACGCAAGAGGCCGUGCGGGCGGUCGGCGGCGAGCUGAUGGCGCCGCUGGCGCACUUCUUCAUCGAGAAGGACAAGAACAAGUGCACCGUGCGCUUCGACCCCCCCGUGAGCGCCCGCUUCAUCCUGCUCAAGAUGUGGAGCACCCACCAGGACCCGCAGAAGAAUAUCGAUAUCCAGGCGGUGGUGGCUAAGGGGUUCGCCGGGCCGAGGUAUUGUCCGGCGGUUGAGCUGGCUUAG